GACCAGAAAAAUGCCAAGCAAAUCACUAGACCUCAAUUCACACCGUACACUUACUCUUUGUAACUUACAGGCUCGAUUGCCGGUCCUGUAGUCCAGCCGGGUUAUGCGACUAUUAUAAAGCUUGUGGCCUUAGCUGCAUCGGAAAAGCCUUUCUCCUCCCGCCACAUUCUGCCUUGCCUUGCCGAAUUCCGGUCAGCUCAUAAGCCCUAUAAAUAAGCUGCAGCAGCAAUACGAAAAAUAACUCGAGCACCUCCUCAACUCAUCCAUUUCAAGACUGCAAAGAUGGCCUCCAGUCUCUAUCCCCAUAGAGGCUUUAUGCUGGAUACGGGGCGAAAGUUCUUCCCUGUCAAGGCCAUUCUUCACUUGUUGACCUUGCUCCACCAAUACAACUUCAAUGUCUUUCACUGGCAUAUCUACGAUGCGGAAAGCUUUCCUCUGCUUUGGCCUGGGGGCGAGGGCUUGACGAACGCCAGUGUCAAGUACAGCCAGACUCACAUGUUCUAUACGCCUACCGACAUUCAGAACAUCGUCUCUUAUGCAGAGAACCUUGGGAUUAUAGUGUAUCCGGAGACAGACAUGCCUGGUCACAGCGAUAUCUGGGGAAUAUGGAAAAAGAAUUUAGUUGUAGGCAAGGCAAGCUUGACAAAGCCAGACGCCCAACUCGACAUCAGAACGAACAACAAAGCAGUGUAUGAUAAUAUCACCAACUUGGUAGCUACCGUCGAUGGGUAUUUCGGCUCACCUUACCAUCACUUUGGCGGCGAUGAAGUCGCGUACAUGUGGAACACCAAGGACGACAAUAAGUUAUUCAAUAAUUUUUUGAACUGGCUCAAGACACUCACUCCCAAGAAAUCGGUCAUCUUAUGGGAUGAUCCUCUUACCGACUCUGAAAAAAGCAUCACCUUGGCAAAAGACUGGAUCAUUCAAACCUGGCAUAAGGGUACCACUUCAAAGAUCCUUAAAAAAGGACACCGGGUUAUCGUUUCCGAGUCUGACACGUUCUAUAUCGGAAAUGCAGAUGCUGACAAGAUAUCCAAAUUCGUGUUCCCCAAGGACUCCAAGGUCUUGGGAUUCGAAAUCGCGUGGUUCACUUCACAGGAUGAUAGUCCAAGUGAUUUGGAUCAAGACUGGAUUCUGGAUCCCUUGAAGGCCGCAUCGAAGAUCCGAAGGAAGUAAAAAGGGGCAGGGAGGCUUGAGGAGCAAGUACACGAGUUAGGCUUGACUGUUAACUACUUAAAACUUAAGCUUAAUGUACUAAAUUCUAUUAAACUCUAAGAGUUCUGUUGAUUAUUUAUAUAUAUUUCUAGUAAGCGGUAAGCCACAGCCCAGAAGUCAAUAUUCACAGCCGAGGUCGAGAGCUAACAAGCCUGUUGAACAUGAAUAUACUGUCUUACGAGCUCUCUACGACUUAUCAGAACAGUCGGUCAGCCAUUGUCGAUCAGAUAGACUUUGCGGCUCCAAUGACUCAAACGUCCUUUAGUGGAAAAGGCGUAUGAGCUUCCAAUCGUUAAAGUAAGAUCAGAAAAAGGCUCUUGAACGAGCUUACAAACGGGUUUUCUGUACCUAAGCUUCAUUAUGGCUGACCUCAUACUACAACAUCCACUACGCUAGCAACAGAAAGUAGUAAAUACAAAAGUGCCCAAUAACAUAUACAUCAG